AAGGAUGCAGACCCUGAAUUCGGACACAGCUUAUGUUUAUGACCAAUAGACCUUUUUCACGCUUCCGCGUUUUAAAACGGAUGUGGGGUUUGACCAUUUCCGGUGGCAAUAGCGUUAGCAUUACAAGGCUAGGAAAAUGGCACAGUCUCGGCGCAGUUGUUUUUGUUCAGUCCCUCAUUGUUCAUGUUGUGCAAGAAAACAGCCAUAUCUGUCCUAUCAUGGGUUCCCGACGGACCCGGACCAACGGAAGCAGUGGAUCCAAGCGAUCCGAAGAGAGGAAGGUCCCGACUUCUGUAUCAAGAGAGGGAGCACUUACGUAUGUAGCCGCCAUUUCACGCUGGAGGAUUUUGUUAGCGGAUCUACCACCCGCCUUAAAAGUGGAGCUGUUCCUUCCCUUUUUGCCUGGAAUAACUUCACUGCACCAGCAACAAGAGAGUCUGCUUUCGAGAGGGAUCAGAAACAGGAGUUUGUCCUUUCUCAGAAAGCUAGCCAGGCUGAAGAUGCUACUGCGGACCAUGAUUAUGUAGCACAUCCACCCACAGGUGCACUUGAUGAAGCUCUGGAUUAUAUCAAGGCGUUGGAGAACAGACUUCAAAAAGAGGAUUUGUCUGCCACACUUUUCAGCCGCUACUGUGCCUCUGAUGACCAGAUCCGAUUCUACACCAAAUUUCCAUCUGAACGUGUGUUCUGGAUCUUCUGGGAGUCCAUUGAACCCUCUGCGUCACGCCUUGUGUACUGGACCAGAGCACAGGAACUUGGAGAGGAAGCAUGUGCUGAAGCCAGCCCUGACCGCUCCAUGCCUCUGAUUGAUGAGUUCCUGAUGUACUCAUUCAGGGUAGCAGUGGGCAUGAAGGAGCAGCUCAUUGCUGACAUGUUUCAAGUCAGCAUAGAUACUGUCAGCCGAGUGACCAUCACCUGGGCCAACUACCUCUUCAUUAUGCUCUCUUCCAUCAACCUGUGGAUUAGUCGUGAGAAGGUAAAAGCCAGUAUGCCUCAGAGAUUUCUGAAGUUCUCUCCAAAUGUCCGUGUCAUUUUGGACUGCACAGAAAUUGCUCUGGAGACGCCAUCAUUCCUCACCGUACAGUCUGAAACGUUCUCUACCUACAAGAACCACUCCACUCUGAAAGGGCUGAUCGGAGUUGCUCCCUGUGGCUUGGUGACAUUUAUUUCAGCGUUGUACACAGGCUGCAUCUCAGACAAAGACAUAACGAAGAUCAGUGGAAUCCUUCCUCUGCUUGAGCCAGCAGAUGAAAUCAUGGCGGAUGAAGGCUUCCUCAUUCAAGACCUCCUUCAUAAAGUUGGAGCCAAACUCACCAUUCCAGCAUUUAGGCAUCCUGAGCAGUUCAGCAAGAAAGAGACGGAGGAGACCCAGACCAUUGCUCGACUGCAGAUCAUUGCAGAGCGAGCAAUCGCUAGAGUUAAGCGCUACCAUAUCUGGGAUUCUCCGGUGCCUCUCACUUUAAUAGGAUCUGUCAACCAAAUCUGGCACAACUGUUGUGUUUUGGCAAAUUAUCAAGGCCCAUUUUGAGUUGCAGACUAAAUUAUUUCUGUAUUCAUCAUAUUUUAACUAAAGUGUGAUUGCUAAACAAAGCUAGUGCUAGCACUAGCUUGCGCAGGCUAUGAGGUGGUAAACAGCUAAUAACAGACUGAGUCUUCUAACUUAACACACUUCUGACUGAACAAAGAAACAAAACUACAACAAAUACAACUAAGAAUUAAGAUUUUUAUGGCAAUGGCCGAUUUAAAAUAGGGAAGUUGAUAAGUGAAAUGUAAAGUUAUGCAUAAAAUAAAUGCAGUGUUUAAAAAAAACAAAACAA